ACUAUGGGUUCUUGCAUUAGCAAAUGCAAUCCCCAAAAAAAUCCUCAAGAAGAUGAUGAUCAACAUCAUGAAUGUGUUAAAGAUAAACUUGUGAUAUCACAAGCUCCCGUAUCUCCAAAAAUCCAUGUUCCUUCUUCAACUAUCCAACCACCUCGAAAACUCGUAUCUUCUUCUCCUUCUUCUUCUUCUUGUUCAGUAUCUCUUUCAUCGUUUUCCUCUACUGCAACCAAUGUUACGUUAUCUUCAUCUUUGUCAUCGUCAUCUUCCUCCUCUUCAUCCUCUUAUUUCAAGGAUCGUUCUUUCUCGAAUGAUUUCUUGUUGUCUUGUGCACAAGAACAUGACCAUAUACUUGACAUCAAGAAAAACAAAGUUAGUCAUCAAAAUACAUCAACCAUGUCUACAAGUGGCAAGAAAUACUCACGAUCACCAUCAUCAUCAUCAACCACUUUGUCCAAACCACCAAGUCCUCGAAGAGAGUGCAAUUCAACAACGACCCCUAAGAAAAGGCCACGUGCCAAUUCACCAAUCAUGGUUAGACAAAAGAGUUUUAGAAAAGAACAUGAUCAACAACUCAUGAUCAAAGGAGGUAACAUUGGUAAUAAUAAUACUUCAAGUAUUACCUCUACCUAUCAUCAUUUUCCUAGUACUAGAACAACCCUAAAAUCGCCAUCUCCAAGUCGAAGAUUUCCUUCAAAUUCGAAUGGUGACAUGAAGGAGAGCUCAUUUAGAAAAUCAAUAGCAUCAAAAGGGAACAAUGGAAGUGUUAUAUCAAGGUCAUCAUCUCUAAGAAGAGAGAAUCAUUUCACUCCAAAAAAUGAAGGAAAAAUGAGAAAUAAUGUUUUUCCAAUUUCUCCAAAGAUUGAUGAAAUGGAAAUUGGAGAAGAAGUGAAGUCAAAUGAUCAAGAUUUGGACGCAUUACUCAUGGAGGAUAUUAAUAAUCCUCUUAUUGCCUUGGAUUGUUUUAUUUUUCUCUAGAGAUGUACAU